AUGGAAGACGAAGGUGAAGCUAUGGGUUUGCAGGAGUACAUGAACACUGUGGAUCAGUCCUCUUUACCCCGCAUAUUAAAGGUCUGCUCUGGAGUUUAUUUUCAAGGUUCCGUGUAUGAGAUCUCAGGGUGUGAGGUGUGUCUGUCUACCGGAGACCUGAUUAAGAUUAUAGAUAUCAAACUUCUGUCUGUCUCUUGUGAGGACAUCAGUAAUAACACCACAUUUGAGCUGCCUAUAGAUCAUUCAGGUCUGUUCAAACUUGUACCUGAGGAACUACCUUACAGCACUAUAGAGGAAAUAGUCGGCCUGCUACCUGUUGGUGUGGACGCUUGUGGCUCUUUCACCUUUGUCAGUACAGAUGAUCUAAUUAUCGAGAACCUCACCCUGCCAGCUGGACAAGCAUUAACUUUUCUAUCCGAGGUGCUUGGUGACGAUGGAACGCGCUACGCUCGAUGUCGGAUGAUUGGCCAGCAGGAAGCCUCUGCAGAAGUGUACAUUCCACUGUCCUGUUGUGGAGAAUUCUAUGAGUGUGAACAUGAGCGUAGCUACUCACUUCAGGAGAUUAUACUCUCAGACAGGCUGUGCAAGCGCCGUUUCUGCAAAACAACGUCAAAUAAAAGUAGUGCCAUCCUGUAUUUUAGCCCCAUCUACCAAGUCCAAGCCAUCAUGCACAUGAGGAAGGACAUAGUAAAGUUCCCAUCCAGUCUGGAAGUGGAUGUAAUUGAUGUGACUGAACAAUGCAGAGAUUUAACAUUUGUAACUCCACUAUCUAUUGCUGAGGUUGCUGCUCAACCAAUGGAGGCGUUUCCUACAAUGGCAGAGAUCCUGGAGGAACCAGAGGCAAAUCCUAUUUUCUGUAGCAGCUGGUUUAAUCAGCUAAGAAAAGGCAAGCUUAUUAUAUUGCACAGCUGGCAUAAAACCCACAUGGUAUUGGCAUGUACCCCAAAGGGGAGGAAAGCCCAGCAGUACUUCCUGCUUUCCCAGGACUAUGGUGGCCAAAUGCGAAAAAGGCCAAGAGAGUUUAGUUCUGUGUAUGAGCUGUAUAUGGCGUUCUCUCAAUCACCUGGCUUGAGGGUGACUGUAACAAAGAAUUGUGAGGCCAGUGAGGAGGAUGGAGUGCCUACUUUAAGUGUUGGCGACCAGCUAGAGGUUCUAAGCGUAGGAACCAUGAGUACACAAGCAGGUGCUGCACAGAAUAUGGAGAGCCUGGUCUGCAAAAGAAUCUUGGAUGAGGAUGAUGAUGAGGACGACAUUGAGGACGACAUUGAGGACAGCGAGGUCAACCUGCCUCUGUUCACUCCAGCCAACUUUGUUGAAAAGCUUUUGGACAAGAAAAAGUAUGUGUUAGCAGAUUUGAGCAAGAACUUUUCCUUUCCCAUGAACAUAAAAGUGGCAAGCCAGGAUAAAAUGCUGGAAAAAGAUCCAUUGAUAGGGUUACCAACUUUGAGACUAGAAGAAGUUCUAGAAGAGACCGCAGUGAUUGCCAGCCUGCCCGAUUCCCCCGAGCGAUGUUUUGAAUUGCCUGUUCGCUGGCUACAAAUAUCUCUCUCCUUCACCGCAGACCCCCUGCCCUGGCUUGAUGGGCAAACCCCAAAUUGUUAUUUACAGACUGUCACUGAGCUAACUGAGCAUUUCUACCACAAAUGGCAAGCGCUUACACCAGCAAACCUGACACCUCCUCCUCGUCCUCCGAAGCGCAAACCAUCAACUAUACAAUCACAGGAAAUACGUGGUAAGCCUAAAGUUUCUACCCCACAUGGUAAAAGUAAUAUUCCCACAGACGAACUGGACAGUCUGUCUCUGGGCCAGAAAAGGCGUAAUCCUCCACCACCACCAUCAGACACUGAAGGCAACCCUCCUCCACCAAUUCCUAGAAAGUCAGUUUCAAUGAGUUUGGCGAUACCUAAUACAUACGUGAAGCAACCAAGAAAAAGACAGGAAGAGGCACACAAAACAGCAAGGAAGCUCUCGGACAGUGAUCAUGACUACGAAUUUGUGGACGACGUCAUGUUUUACUAG